AGCUACAACAAAGCUGAUGCACACAAUUAAAGCAUAACUGGACAAAUGUAACACUUCUAUUCUGGGUUUAACAUAAGUUAGUCAGAAACACCUCAUUUCAAUCACACCCAUAGGGAUCCUGAUGGUAUGCAGUCUUUGCUCCACCCAUCUACACCUAGAACCAGGAAGUCAGGUGAUAAAGAACACAACUCGCCUACUCUCCUCUCAGAUGUUAGUAAAAUGGCUGAGGACAGUAAUAUUUCAGUGGACCAUCUUCAAUUCAGCUGUUCGAUCUGCCUGGAUUUGCUGAAGGAUCCGGUAACGACUCCAUGUGGCCACAGCUUUUGUAUGUUGUGUAUUAAUGACUUUUGGGAUCAGCCUGUUCUGAAGGGGGUGUACAGCUGCCCUCAGUGCAGAGAAACGUUCCUGCCGAGACCUGUCCUACGCAGGAAUAAUGUCAUGGCUGAAGUGGUGGAGAAGCUCAAGUGGAAAGACCUAAGCGGUGGUUCUGCUACUUGUUCUGGCUCAGAAUCUGGAGAUGUUGAGUGUGACAUAUGUACUGAGAGCAAAGCAAAGGCUGUCAGGUCCUGUCUGGUGUGUCUGGCUUCUUUCUGUAAGACACAUCUCAAACCUCACUACGAAUCCCCUGUUUUUAAGAAGCAUAAGCUAGUCCAGGCAUGCAAACAUCUGCAAGAAAAAAUCUGUUCUCGUCAUGACAAACUGGUAGAUUUCUACUGUCGAACAGACCGGACGAUCAUAUGUGCACUGUGUAUGUUAGAUGAACAUAAAGAUCACAAUAUGGUUUCACUUGCUUCAGAAAGAACUGAAAAACAGAAGCAGAUAAGGGAAAUUCAAAGGAAAUCCCAGCAGAAGAUCCUGGACAAGGAGAAGAAACUGCAAGACCUUAAACAGGCUGUGAAUACUCUUAAGAGCUCAGCACACGCAGCGGUGGAGGAAAGUGAGAGAAUCUUUACUGAAGUGCUUCUCUUCAUUGAGGAAAAGUGUUAUGAGGUGACCGAACUCAUCAGGGCUCAGGAGAAAGCUGAACUGGAUCAAGCCGCAGGACUGCAGGAGCAACUGGAGCAUGAGAUCGCUGAGCUUAAGAAGAGAGACACUGAGCUGGAGCUGCUAUCAGACACAGAGGAUCAUGUGCAUUUCCUGCAGAGUUUCAAGACUCUCUGCUCCACUACGAAAACUAAGGAGUCACCCAUGAUGACUAUAAAUCGACAUAUCUCUUUCGACGGAGUGAGCAAAUGUCUCUCGGACCUGAAAGAACAAUUUGAGGAAGUCUGCGAAGAUAAAUUCAACAAAAUCAAUCCAAACGUUGCCAAAAUCCAGAUGAUUUUUCCCAGUGAACCAAAGACCAGAGAAGAAUUUCUCCAGUAUUUUUGUCACCUGAAUUUUGACCCCAACACAGCAAAUGAGGCGCUGUGGCUUUCUGAGAACUACAGGAAAGUAUCUCGCAGUGGGAAACUAAACCCGUAUCCUAAUCAUCCGGAGAGAUUUGAUGGUUACGGUCAGGUGCUGUGUAAACAGAGUGUAUGUGGACGCUGUUACUGGGAGGUUGAAUGGAGCAGGGGUGGAUGGGUGUACAUCUCAGUGGCGUAUAAAGGGAUCAGCAGAAAAGGACGUGGUAAGGAGUGCUGGUUUGGACACAAUGCUCAAUCCUGGAGUCUGGAGUGUAGUUCCUCCCUGUCGUUCUGGCACAACGACGUUCAGACAAAGAUUCCUGGCCUGCUGUCGUCCAGAAUCGGAGUGUAUUUAGACCACAGUGCAGGAACUCUGUCUUUCUACAGUGUCUCAGAUGCGAUGAGUCUCCUAUACAGAGUUCAAACCACGUUCACUGAGUCACUCUACCCUGGGUUUUGGGUCAAUGCUCUUGCAACUGCUAAGCUAUGUUACUCUGUAGAAUAGAAAAAAAUACCCACACCUUAUAAUGCUGUCAUUAUGAAUAUGUGUUAUGAGAAAUGUGUUCUGCAGUUGUGUAACUGAAUACACAUGGUUUGUAUUUUAAUACUAGGAUUAUAAUGACUGUAGCUCAGUAAGUACUGUGGUGGGACAGUUAUUACGAUUCUGUGCUGUUGACUAGAAGGUUGUGAGUUUAAAUCCUUUUGCUGCCACUGCUGAGUUUUUAAAUAAAACCCAUAGCCUUUCAUUAAACUUUACAGCUCAUAAAGGUAUCUGGCAAAUGAAUAAUUAUAAAUAUUAUUAACAUAAGAGCAGACUGGAAACCAAUUUAAAUGUUUACUGCUAUAAAAUAAUAUAAUAGAUAUUUAUUUCUUUUUGGGUGUAAUUGAGUGCAAAAAUUGUUUUUAUGCUGAUAUCUAUGCUCUGUGUGUGUGUGUGUGUGUGUGUGUGUGUAUGUGUGCAUGCAUGCGUGUGUGUGCAUGUGUUUGCGUGUGUGUGUGUGUGUGUGUGUGUGUGUGUGUGUGUGUGUGUGUGCGUGUGUGUUUAUUCAAGAACGUAGAAAAUGUGUGGGAUUUUUAUAUGUAACAUUAUAAAACAUCCAGUACUAAAGGAGAACAUCUCUAAAUUUAAAAUCAUAAAACUUUUACAAUUCUAUUGAUUUCAAAAAUCUCAGUAACCAAAUUUCUUGUAUACAAAUAUAUCUUCGAGACAUUUGGGGCACUUAACAUUUGCAUGCUAUAUUACAGGAAAUAUUUCGGGAAACGAUAGAUGCAGCAGAGGCAGUGCUUUUGGUUUCUCUCUUUCAGCCUGUGAGUGUGGUAAAAAUGGCCAAAGCCAGUAUUUCAUUUGAUCAGCAGCAUUUUACUCAUCCGAUCUGUGUUGAAAAAAAAAAGCAAGUAUGCAGACUGGCUAUGCUGAAUUCCCUGUAGGUGUGAAUGAGUGAGUCAGUGCAUGUGUACGUGGUGCCCUGAGAUAAACUGACAUCCCAUCCAGAGAGAACUAGACCACAUUUCAACAACUGCAUGGCUUCAAUCUGUAUAACAGGAAAUAACAGAUGCCACACAGCUACUAUCCAGGCUUACGUUAUCUCAAAACUGGUGCAUCACACUACUCCUGAGUUUCCCAGCCAGCUUCCUCAAAACCCUUUAGAUGAUACAGAAUACAGCAGCAUUGCUUGUUUUCAUCCAACAAAAAAAUAACUCACGUCACACCCGUAUUUGUUUCCUGCCACCCUCACUAAAUUCAAGGCCUCAGUGCUCACGUACAAAACCUUGUUUACAACAUCACCCCCUGCCUCAGCUUAAUCCAGACAGAAGUAUCAAUACUAUCUUCUAACAAAUCCCCACUCGAAAAUCAAGACAAACUAGCAAAAUCUGCACUUACUUCCACUAGCUCUUAAUAUCCCGACCCUGUGCACUUUGCUCGUCUAGCACUCAGUUACAAAUCCUUGUAUUCUUGUAGCACUACUUGUAUUGUCCUCUGCUUGAUGUAUCACUUUGCUUGUAUCUCCUUAUUUAUAAUUAAAAAUUACAACAUGUAAUUGUACGUAAAUGAGUGACGAAUAAAACACUUCGGAUAAAAUGUCUGCUCUUGUAUCACUAUAACUGAUGCUUUAAAAAAAAAGCUAAACUGCUUACUGUGUAAUGUUCCAGCAUGAUCCAUAUUAGUGCAUUAACCAAUUCAGAAACACCGCAACGAGCCGCUUCUCUCUGCAGGAAAUAAAACUAGGCUUAAGGUGUUGUAUCAAUAACAAAGAAAUCAUAAAUCUGGCUCGAUUGCCAACAACAUUACAGUCCAAAACUCUAGAGAAGUAAAGAAAGCAUCCAGAAAGGAAUGGGAUUGAAUAGAAAAGAAGAUAAAGUUAGAUUUAUGAAGUCCUGAAGAAGGCUGAGAGUAGAGAAAUUCCAAACAGCUUCUGCUUAAGAUC